AUCUUGAUUUAAUAGAAUAGAUAUAGAUUGAUAACACUGGAGUUUAUUUUAAAGACCGUAAUAAACAAGGGGUCAAAUCAAGCAAAGAAAACAAGAGCAACACUUCCUAAAUAAUAACAUGGUCACCGGUGGCGGUGGCGAAACCGACCGUAAGGUUCGAAAUGAAGAUGCAGCUUCGUCAGGCCGUCGCGGAGAACAUUCUCACCCCCUAACGUCAAACAAUCACGCCGUUACAGAGUCCGUGACCGUUAGCAAAGCUGGACAACAGUACACUCCGUCGUCUUGGAGCAAUCGGGAGAGUCCGGCAAGUCGUUCGAGUACUCCCACUCCGUCAAAGCGACGACGUAUAGUUCCUCCGUACCGGAACAGCAAAUCACAGCUUAUCUCUCGCGAAUCCAACGCGUCGGCUGCUUAAUCGCCGUCGACGAUUCCACCUUCGCCAUCAUCGGCUACAGAGAAAAUGCGCGGGAAACGCUAGGGCUAAUAUCUCCAUCCGUUCCAAGCAUCGACGACGACAAGGCAGAGACUCUCACGAUCGACACGGACCUCCGAUGCCGCUUCAGGCCAUCAAGCAUCGUCCUCCUCGAACGAGCCUUCGUGGCGCAGCGUGAAAUCACGCUCCUGAUUCCUCUAUGGAUCCACUCCAAGAACACUCGCAAGCCUUUCUUUCAAACCGAAGACCCGGCGCUCUCAAUGGCUGGAGCAGUCCAAUCUCGGAAGCUCGCUUGUCUUAUGACUCUGGUUCGGGAAUUGAUAUACAACGAAUAUGAAGAAACCGUUGAUAGGGCUUCAAUUCUUUCUAGUCUAAAUUUUCCCUUGUUCAUAACUCUAACAUGAUAGUGUGUUGCAUUUACCAAUUGUGCAGGGGACGAAGGAAAGAAUGGAAUGUAGAGGUCAAGCUGAAAACUUUUGGUCCCGAGGGAAAGCCGUGUUUGUCGUCAUGCUCAAGCAAGGACUAUUUUAACAAAAUUGUUAUGGACAAGUUCAACAACAUACUACAAGGCCCAUCAUCCAUUUGAUCCCUCCUCCAAUCUUUGCUGCCUGGAAUGGAACACUGCGAUGGAAAAUCUCACAGGCUGGCUGGCCUCGCAGCCAAGUGAUUGGUCAAUUGCUUGUCAGGGAUUGUUUUUCUUAAUGCGAUUGGCGGCUAAGACACUGAUUAAUUCCCUUUCCCGUUAAGAGGCAAAUCCUUUCAGGCUCUCCUGACUUUGUGUCAGCCCUGGUGGUUGUUUGAACCCAGACUGUCUAGUAAAGAGAAAUGACGAGUUCUCGGUGGGUCAAGACAAAGACGUGUUUUAUUAGAUCAAUGAGUCGAAACAGUUUUGCAAAAGGGGGAGAGAACAAAGGAAUUAGUCCAGCGAAAGCUACUUCGUCGGACCGUACAAGUCGGCGAGAAGUAAGAUAUGAAACCCUAGAUCUAGCCGAAAGUGAGUGUAGUCGUUUGCGGAUCCCCCCAUUGUUGCCUUUCCACCUUCUUUUAUAGACACGUGCUCGUUAACCUAAUCUUCCUUAUCCUGGUGGGCCUCGUCCUGGUGGGCCUCCUCGAGGAUUGGGCCGAGGUGUCGGGCCGCUACCUCGAGUCGUCGAGCCGACAACGUAAGGUUGCUCGCCUCGCUGGUCGGAAGCAGUCUAAAGCCGAGCCGAUCACUGGCUCGCGAGUCGACGAGCCGAAUCUCUUUAUUGUGAUCAUGUGUCUGGAUAAUUAUCUUGUGGGCCUUUUGGGAGGGCUAGCCCAUACCCAACAGUAAGUCCCCCUAGUUCGCAGGUGAGUAACCGGCUCAGCGAAUUUGAAAGUAGGGUUUGCAAGACAAUUGUUCCAGGUUUGUGAUCUCACUAGACUCCUCGACUAUGUGAGCAACUCGUCUGUUCGCACUUCGUGAUCUGACCGAUUUGAUUUGGACCGGCGGUUUCCUUUGGUUUUGAUUACGACUGUUGGUCUCGAUCUAAACCGGUCUUGGUUUUCCUCGAGAAGUUGAAACGUCGCGAGACGUGGUGAGCUUCACGCGCCUAAAUAGACCCGUCUAGGCCCAUCUAGGUCUAAUGAUGACGCCUCGGGGUGCGAUGAAUUCCUUCCCUUAUAAAUACCCAUCUCGCGUCUCAUUUUCUCCACUCUUCAUCCGGUUCAGGUACUUUCUCUCUCUUUCUCUCCGCUUCUCUCUCUAGCUUUGUAGUCUUAGUCUUUUGAGAAUGUCGUCGGGCGGUGGCAGUAGGCUUUCCAGAGAUCAGAAAGGGAAGGCGGUGGCGAGAGCGACCGAAUCGAGUCCUGCACAUGUCGUCGAGUCGAACUCUCCUUCUGAUUUCGAGACGAUUCAUCGUGAAGCCAUGAUGGAUACAAAAAAUAAGGAUACGCCUCAGCGAGUCCUUGUUUCUGAGUCAACACGUCAACUCCGCGAGGAGAGAGAGGCUGCAACGUUAAUUGCGAGAGAUGGUCAAGGUGGGGCGAGUGAAGGAUAGACUUCUCUCCCUGACUUCGUUCCGUAUUGUUAUCAUCCCGGGGGGAUUUUCGAGGACCUCCCGGCUUUGGCGCCGGAACUGAUGCGUUCUCCUAUCGUGGAAGGACAAAUGUGGGGGAACGUCGAGGAGACUCGUUCGACUCCUAGCAGCGUGAAAGUUCUGCUGAGAGAGUGCGGAGGAGUCGGAGUGACUUUCUUAAUCCCGACGAAAACCCAGAGGCCGUGGUCCCCUCCAUUGGGAUUUCAGUGUGUAUAUGAGUCAUACUUUCAGAACGAGACCAAGCUCUGGUUUCCAAUUCCUCGACUCGUCACAUCUUAUGCGAGACGUCGUGACGCAGCGAUGAGCCAGUUCUUGAAUGGUGCGUUCCGUAUUUCGGUAGCGUUGAUGGUGGCGGCAGCAAAGAUCAAUGUCUCGAUGAGCGUGUGGACUCUUGAAGAGCUGACCUACGUUAAGUCGAUGGGGGAUGGAUUGUACUCGAUUCAGAUGAGGCCUAACUACAAUGUGAUUGUCGACCACCCCAGUAGGACGAACAAUUGGCAGCGCUUCUAUUUUUAUGUCAAGUGUGAUGGUUUUGCCUUCGAGGAGCCGCCCGAUGAUUCCUUUCGAUUUUUAUGGAAUCAUGAACUCGUCGAUCACCCAGAUUCGGCCUCCUAUCCCGAAGAGUUCAUUGCUAAAGCUCAUGUCGUCGCGUCGCUUGCUCAAGUAAGUUGGAAAGACAUCACCGUUGAAAGGAUUCGAAGAGCCGUCGACAGGAUCUCGAAGAGGGACUGUAGAUCUGAUUUACCGCCUUUGAUUACCGGCAACAGGCGGCGAUUUUCAAUAUUCACUCGUGCAGAGCUGAAUGUGAUCAACGCAGCUAGAGAGAUGAAGGAACUUCCGGACUUGAGCGCACUAAUCAAGAAGAAGCUGAGGUGAGCGAAAAAGACGUCUUCUGCGACUCCUAUUGAGACGACUCCUGGUGAGACGACUCCUUCCGGGCCUCCCCCUCUCGCUGUUUCCCAGGGACCAUCUGUAGACCCAGCUAAUAUCGAGUCCUCGAGGGAAGACCUCGUGCAGUCUUAUGAACGAGAGACUGCUGAACCGUCGGUGACAAAUGGUAACAAGAAGAAAAGGUCCGCUCCUGAUUCCUCUGCUUCUGUCGACGCCCGCGCGAGGACGGGGUCUGACGAACCUCCGAAGAAGAAGAAGAAGAAGGAGAAGAAAAAGAGGAAGAAGUCUAUUGAGGGGCAGUCGGAACCUGUCGGGGACGCUGUGGGUCACGAACCUGUUGUUCAUGAGGGCUCUUCUCGGGAUGCUGCAACUCGAGAUGUCGUUGAGUCGAGCAGUUCCCCGAACGUUCUGCUAGAAGAAGAAGAAACUUUCCCGUGGGCGUGACGCAUCCGCUUCUGCUGCAAAGACUCCUUCGGUGGCGCCUCCGACGACCACAUGGGGUGGUUCAGGCUCGGAGGAACGUCGAAUCAAAUUCCGCGAUCGCGUGGAAUUCAAGUAUGACGGCGACACUCCACUUGCUUACUUUGGGAACCGAAAUUCACACCGUCGAGUUUUGUUAAU